ACAUUCUGGAAAACACGGAAGUCGUUACAAUUUCUGCUAUCUCCGUACGUGCGCCAAAUAAUGAUCAACCCGAAUAGUCGGAUACUGAGGAUAAACGGUCCCGACAUUCAAUGACUUUGUAAAAAGAAUGAUAGAUUUAAAUGAAUUUUAAAUAUAAAGACCAAUUAAGUGUUUAAGAAAAAACAGGAUUUUGCGGGGGAAUUUCAAUUUGGGCGUGGUUUAUGCACGACUCAACUUGUUCCAAUGUUCGCGAUACGGAUGUCCACAUCGAUGUAUGUACACACCGCAUGAAAUCACUGGUGCCCGUGAGUUUAACUCUAUUGAUUUUUGAUGCCGGAUACCAACGGGAAAAGGAACGGCGAAAUUUUUAUGCGAGAUUUCAGUGCAAUGUUGCACAUGAGUUCUGUUUGAUUUCCUGAUAUGCUGAUUUCAUUUUCGAAAGUUGCAAUCAAGAAUCUGUGGCCGAGAGAGCAUUGCCACCACAUCAUGGCAGUGAAAUGACAAGAACUCCGCACACACUCGAGGAGGACGGAUGUGCACAUUUCCACUUGAUGUCAUCAGAUCCGAAGACAAAGAUUAAAUAAAACUCUCCGGAAGAGAUAGGACAGUAAAGUCUUCCGAUAUCAAGAAAACCUUUUGUUUCUUCAGUGUCCCACUUUUGGAAAACGCAGCACAUUCCUUGACGCCAACUCCAUGUGAAUUGGGUUGUACAAACUGCGUGGAACUUCUGGAACCUCAGAAAUGAUUGCUCUUGAACAAGUAGCAUAAACGAACGCCUGAUAUCACGACCAGUGGACAGAGCCGUCGUGUGCACCUGACUCGCGCCCAUCCAUUGACCAAUCAUGGCAAAGAAGAACGUCGAGCGCACCUUCCGCAUCGCGGUAGUGGGCCUCUCGGGUGACGAGAAAAUAAAAGGUUCGGCAGGCGUGGGCAAGUCCUGCCUCUGUAAUCGCUUCGUCCGACCCCACGCCGACCACUUCUACAAGGAUCACAUUUCGAUUAUCAGUCAGAUUGACUUCAGCGGACAGGUCAUCAACAACGAUCACUUCUUGUACUGGGGAGAGGUGACUAAGGACCUGGAGGAUGGCUCACAGGUGACUUGCAGCAUCGUUGAGCUGACCGAGUUCAUCGAUGACCAGUCCUUCCAACCUCUCCGAGGUCACGGGGACAAAGAUUACAAGAAGAGGUGUAAGACCACCCUCACCUCGGCCGAGAAACUCAUGUACAUUUGUAAAGACCAGCUCGGUGAUGAAAGAAACUACGAAAGGAAGAUUAUGCCGGACGGGAAAUUCGUGGUUGACGGUUUUAUCGUUGUCUUUGACGUCAGCCAUGUCCAGAACCGUCCCCCCAACAAGCAGUCAUCCUACAUCAUGGACCUCCUGUCCUCCCCUCUCCACAAGUCCAAGAAGCCUUGUGUCCUGGUCGCGACGAAAUGCGAAGAACCCGAGAGCACGGCGCACGAGGAGGUCAAGUCGAUCCGAGACAAGAAAAAGAUCACUUUAAUUGAGACGUCGGCGUUCGAGAACGUCAACGUGGACUUUGCCUUCCUGACCCUAGUCAACCUCAUCGACAGGAGCAAGAGGCGACCCAUGGAGGUACCCUUUAUCACAGGCAUCAAGAGGCAGAAGGAGAUCCUGGACAAAGUGGAAGACGCCUACAUGGCUCUCUUGUCCAGGUCUGUCACCGACUACCACGCCAUCUGGAACCGGACCAGGAAAGAGCUCGCCGACGAAGACAACUACCUGACCUACCUCCGAUACUUUGGAAAGGAGAUAGCCGCUAAGAAGUUCAAGAAUCACAUCAGGAGGCUGAAGGAAGCUCAGCAGCAGAAGAAGAAGCAGCAGUGCCUGGAGACCCUGCCGCUAGCUCUGAGAGACAUGCUUCCGGAUCUGGCAUCCAUCGGCGGAAGGGACUGGCGAGCGUGUCAGGAGAUCAUUCUCAAACAUCCCAACUUUCACACCUGGUUUGUCCGACUUCCUGACGGCGACUCUUGGAAGAUAGGCGAGUACCUAGACAGUGAGACAAAGCAGAUUGCCCUGGACUUCCUCAAGACAAACGCCGUGGACUGCGAGAGGUGUUUCAAAGCUCACGAUGACAGGCUCAAGGAGGCACUGAAAAGAGAGAGAAUGAAAGUUGAUUUCGGCAAGCUCCUUUACGCCCUGAACGACGUCGUCCUCCCUGGACGCCAGUUGGAGGACACGCUCACCCACCUCGUCGACGAAGAGAGUUACAAAUACCUCUCCGUGGCCGAGCGCAAAGAGAUCUACGAUGCGCAUCAGUUUGAGAUCACAGAGCAAGCCAAGAAAGACUUCGUCGAGUUGUUGCUUGAACUCGUUGAGACGUUUGAGUUCUUUGACAUGAAUGAUGUCAACGCGCACAUGGAAGGUAUCAUCAAACACAGUCUACAGAAAGAAGAAAGAUACAAGAAUCUGGACGGUCUUAUUCAGGAGAGGAGGCUACUGCUCAUGAAGCAUGCUGCGUUCGUGGACAACCCCUGCCGACAGACCUGCCCCUUCCAGCACAGGUGUAUGGACGACCUGAUCAAUCAAUUACUGGAGCAACGAGUGACCAGAUGCUCAGAAAGGGAGCCGCAGGACCGCUGGUCUGAGCCAAGCACUAAACUCAAUCUUGUCAUCCUUGGAGAGAAUGGCUUGGCCGACGAGUUGGCCAAUGAGAUCAGGGCACAGUCUGUACAGGAGGAAUAUACAUUGGACAAUGUCAUCUACUCCUUGGAACUCCGACCCAUCGACGGCGAUGUCCAGCGACCACAGAACAACCUCUGCACCCCUGACUUCACUCCCCAAGGUUGUAUAUGCACGUUCAGUUCCCCGGACGAUCUCCGUUACGUCACCGAAAGUCUGCGUAAGAGCAACUUCCUGCUGACCUCGGAGACUCAAGACAGCAUCUAUGCCACCUUGCAGCCAGAGCAUCCUGUCAUCCUGCUCUUUGCUCGAGACCUGUCCAUACCGGAGUCGGACAUCGCACAGAUGAGACACGACAUCAACAAACUAGCUGAGAAGUUGUUCGACUGCACCAUCAUUGACAUACCCACCGACGAGGCGAUUCUGUGGCACGGCAAGAAGUUCCAUGAGACUCAGAUCCACUUCUCCAUCAAAGCCAUCGUAGAGAGCAAUCGACGCUCGGGCCACGACCGCGACGACGAAUCGCACGACGGCAGCCAGUGUGACCCGAACCUCAGGUUAGAGCCUUCCCUGUACGAUACUAUUGUCGGGUCCAACAACAAGGUUCACUCGUUUCUGAGCAGCGGCAAUGGGACUAGCACUCCCUCCAGCCGCGGCUCAGACGACGUGACGUCAGGCCCGUCCGCGGGCAGCGGCCCGCCGACCCCGGCGGCUAAAGCAAAGCGAGAUUUAACCCAGUCCCAGUCUCAGUUUAAAUCCAACAGUCCGGCACUCAAGCGAAAGAACCCUCCAGUCAAAACGCCCAGCGUGGGUGAAGGGUCGGGCUGGGAGGAUAUGAUUAGCGACGAUGAGGAUAAUGACGAACCGGUCAUGAGCAUUGGCAUGGCCAUGAUGUGCGGCGAUCCCAACCUCCCUGAGCUUGUCUUGGGCCCCAUCGUCAGUAACGACACCUGCUGCCGUGACUUGGCUCUCAAGCAGACCGUCAACGUGGACAUGUUCCUGAACACGGUCAAGCGUCGAGUCAGCAUUGAGAUCACCUCCUUCCAUCAGGCCAAGCUGUACACUGAGGACAUCCAUCAUGGAUACAUUCUGGUCUACUCUGCCAAGCGUAGAGCUUCUUUUGAGACAUUGAAAUUCUUCGUGCAGUCUGUUACCCCGAUCCCAAUUGAGAUCGUUGCGGUGUCGGACAGCGAGAAAUUCUCCUCAGAUUACGAGAUGCAGGCAUUGAUAACUGAGGGGAACAAGCUGGCUGAUGAGACCAAGAACUGCACCUUCAUCACGGCAGGUGCCAACUUUGGCAACCAGUCGUUGGCGUACUCCACAUUUUUCACCGAUGCGUAUGAAAAGAUGGCCGAAACAGAGACUAUCCACGAGGGUAUUUUUGGCCCGUUGUACGAUGAAGACAGUUAUGAAGAUGAGCGGCAAGGUCUCAGGACGCCCGUUGAAACACCACAAUCUGGCUUUGGAGACCCAACAUAUGCCAAACCUCAAAUUGUCAAAGGAGUUGUAUAUCCAUACCCACCAGCACAAACUGUAGUGUCUGGUCGAGCGAGGGCGCUAUCCGCCGGGGAAGUCCCAUCAACGGUGGCACCUCCUCCUCCAUCCAGAGUGUAUGAUCACCUUGUAAGACCGAGUGACAUUAAAAAUCAGCAAAAAUUGUUACGGAAUCAAGACAAACGAAGUGACGAUGUCGUCUACGACCAACCUGAGAGAUUCGCAACAAGUCCUAGGAGAUUCCCCAACAACAAGAACGAAGAUCCCGCGUAUGGUGAGGUCAAAAAGCCAAAGCCGGAUACCCUGCCUAGAUCAGACAAGCAGCCCAGCUCUCCGAAAGAUCCUGGCAAAGAUCCCGUGUAUGGUGAAGUCAAAAAGCCGAAGCCGGAUACCAAGCCCAAGCCCUAUACCCAGCCUAGAUCAGACAAGCAGCCCGGCUCUCCGAAAGAUCCUGGGAAAGAGCCUGUCUACGGCGUUAUCAAUAAAAAGCGGCCGGCAGACCUCGUCUUGCAAGGAGCGAAGGACACCGGCGAAGAGCCUACUUACGGCGUAGUCAACAAAUCAGGCAAGCCCAGACCGGAACCUCCCCCACGCCGACGGAACAGCGCCCAAUCACAAGGCUCGAAAGACACUGGCGAAGGGAGGCGUCAGCGUCGUAGCCUCAGCCGCAGCCUGAGUCGCUCUUCCUCCACUCGCAGCUCAGAGGCUGAGGAUGAACAAGGAUUUGUGGAGAACAUCAUUUACGACAGAGGUCCUGGGAAUGGGACCGUUCACUAUGCUUCUACACAACUCUUUGAUGCUCACUCAGGUGAUGCUGGUAUGGUCCGCAAUCCGAUCUACGAUUCGGCUGAGGGUAUGCCCCAAUACCGCCCAAAGCCGGCCGUGCCGCCCAAACCGCUGAAUAUGGCCAAUUACCAACACGUUGCCGAAAAACUUAGCAAACCCCGGGACCCCAUAGGCGGAGGCGGGGCCGGACUGGUACGCCCCAACCACCUCCCCUUCACUGGUACGACAUCGACGACACCGAGGCACCCCCUCAGGGCCCCCUUAGCUACCCCCGAAAAGGGGGUCUUCUCGAGCCCUAUGGAAGCCAUAAAACAUGCGCUUGGUGUUGGGGAAUAUGGCAACUCACAGGAUGUUCAAGCGAGAGGGAUGAGACAACGGGGCAACAGAGGUCACGCUGCAGAUGACGGUUCAGGGGACGUGGAUCCGUCCGACCCCACCUAUGCCGCGGUCAUAAAGAAGCCUGGCUUUGAUAAGGUUGUCAACGAGUUUGAAAAGCAGCUGCCGAAGGGCAACACAAGCAGCGACAGUGACAGUAAAGGCAGCGCUGAGGCGGACCGAUACCACCCCCACCGGAAGAAGCGAGGCAGCUUCCGCAAACGAAAGAACAAAGACGUGCGUCAAGGAGAAAAUAACGACAAUAGCGGCCACCAGGACGACGGCACGUACGCGGAGGUCGUGUUCUCUCCGGGCGUUGAAGGGGUCGACCCCAAAGUCCGAAACAGGCAGCUUCGGGAGGAGGAGAAGAAUCGCAAGAAGGAAGAGAAACGAAAACAGGCUGCCGAUAAGAAAAUGGUCAAGGCACAGAAACGGCAACAGCCGAAGCAACGCCAAAAAUCAAAUAAGAAGAAUGUGAAGAAACCACCAGCCUAUGCACCCUACCUUGACACCAAACCCAAGGGGGAGGCCCUUGAGACCUUGGUCACGGAGGAAGACCCCGUGCCCAAGUUUGUCAAGAAAUGUAUAGAGUUCAUCGAUAGAGAAGGGGUCGGUCAAGAGGGUAUCUACAGAGUAUCGGGGAAGCAGGCUGAUUGUGAUGCACUCACGGUAAUGUUCAAGGAAGAUCCGAACAUCUCCAUUGAAGCUCUUGAUAUUUCCUGUCAUGCCGUCGCUUCGGCCGUCAAGGCAUUCUUCAAGAAUCUUCCAGACCCUCUCAUACCCCGAGAACAGCAGGCCGAGCUCCUCCAAAUGUUUAAAGGAAAAAGCACAGCGGAUUUCCUAGAUGCAAUGCCUGAAUUCUUCAACAAGCUAUCGCCAAUCAGGCUAGCCACUCUCAGAUACCUUAUGCAGCAUUUUGGCAGGGUAAGUGCCAACAGUGAGGUGAACAAGAUGGCCGCCCAGAACCUGACCGUCUGCUGGUGGCCCACCCUCCUGCAUCCCGAGUUCAAAAGUCUGGAAGAGGUUGCCAAUGAGUCUCAGCUGUCGGCGUUCGUUGAGCAGUGGGUCCAGCACUCCGAGAAGCUCUUUGGAGUUACCAAUGCCUGUCCUGAGCCUGAGACCGAGACCGAGGCUGUCGAAACGGAGGGCGUGGAGUGGCAGCAAGAGGCACCAGAACAGGCGAUACCGGAGGAUCCGAUGUAUGCCGCGGUGCAGCCCAGAGCUAAUGCCGAGGUCAUUUAAGUUGACCUUUGACCCUUAGAGGUCAUUUAAUGUGGCAUUUGACCCCUAGAGGUCAUUGAGCCUUGGGUGUUGGACAUUUGCAACCCACAAGUUGACCCAGGUUUGGAGUAGCUUGGCUGUCUCUAGAGGUCAUUCAGCAUGACCUGUGAACAUUCAAGGUCAUAACUGACCAAGUGCCAUGACCUUUGACCCACAGGUAGCAUGUACUGACCUUUAUUGCUGCAAGGACAUUCAGUAUGACCUUUGACCUAUUGAGGUCAAAACUGGGACUGAGUGACGUGAUCUCUGAUGACCUUUGUUGCUGUAAAAUGACCUCCGGUGACCUUAGAUUUCCCGAGGUCAACUAGGAUGACCUCUAAAGCUUCAGCAGUGAACCUGUGUGGACAAUAACUGCAUU